GCGAGUCGUUUGCAUGCACGCCCGCGUGACGUGACGUGACGUGACGCAGGGCCGCGCGGCGCCGCGCCAUGGGGUCGCUGCCGGUCACCAUGCCGCCGCCGGAGCUGCGGUCGCUGCGCUCGACGCUGGCGGACAGGCGCGGCGGGCUGAGGGACCCGCUGCUCUCGUUCGACUGGGGCGUCCCCGGCGGCACCGCCCAUUUGCUGGAGGAGCAGGGGCGACUCCGGCGGGCGGCGGGGGCCGUCCGCGCGGCGGCGACGUCGAUGUGGGCGUUCGUGCGGAAGGACCCGCGGAAGCCCGUGUUCGCGGCCAAGGUGGCGACGGCGCUCGGGCUCAUCACGCUGCUCGUGUUCCUCCGCGAGCCCACCGACAUCGCCAGCCACUCCGUCUGGGCCAUCCUCACCGUCGUCGUGGUCUUCGAGUUCAGCAUCGGUGCAACCUUGAGCAAAGGGCUCAACCGGGGAUUGGGAACGCUUACUGCAGGAGGGCUUUCUCUAGCAGUUUCUGAAUUUUCCUCACACAUGGGAAAUUAUGCCACUGUGUUUCUGAUCAUAUGCACGUUUGUCGUUGCAUUCGGUGCGACCUUGACAAAGCUGCACCCCAAGAUGAAGCCUUACGAGUACGGACUUCGUGUCUUCCUGCUGACAUUCUGCUAUGUCACGGUCUCUGGAUACAACACGGGGAAAUUCACCGCUACGGCCAUAAGCAGAUUUUUACUGAUUGCUAUCGGUGCUGCUGUCAGUCUGGCACUCAACAUUGGCAUACAUCCAAUCUGGGCAGGGGAGGAACUGCACAAUUUGGUGGCAAAGAAUUUUGCCGGUGUGGCAAAAUCGUUGGAAGGAUGUGUCGAUGGAUAUCUGAAAUGCAUGGAGUAUGAAAGAGUUCCAUCUAGCAUAGUCACGUACCAAGCUUCUGAUGAUGAUCAUCUGUAUAGUGGGUGUAGGGCAGCCGUUGAAUCAUCAGCUCAAGAGGAAGCUCUGUUAGGAUUUGCUAUCUGGGAGCCACCACAUGGUCCUUACAAAAUGAUGAAAUAUCCUUGGAAGAACUACACUAAAGUUGGUGGAGCGCUGAGGCAUUGCUCCUUUGCUGUCAUGGCACUCCAUGGGUGCAUUCUCUCGGAGAUUCAGGCGCCACCGGAGAGCAGAAACGUUUUCAGUGCAGAGCUUCACAAGGUUGGCAAGGAAGGCGCCAAGGUGCUGCGUGAGCUCGGGCACAGAGUGAAAACGAUGACAAAACUGAGCUCCCCAAACAUCCUGUCAGAGGUCCACUUCGCAGCUGAAGAGCUGCAGAAGAAGAUCGACCAGAAGUCCUACCUCCUCGUCAACACGGAGAAGUGGGAGGCCAUGAUGAGGCGCCAAGGAGGAGCAGCCGCCAAUGGCGAGCAUGUCCCCGGCCGCGCCAUUGGCAACCCCUACCGCGGCGCGGUGCACAAGUCCAACAGCUUCGCUUCCAGCCCGUUCCUCUCUAGCUUCGGUUCAGCGCCAACCAAGUCCGACGCGUCUUUCAAGCCGCAGCCGCCAUGGCCUCCCAGGCAGUCGUCCUUCCACGCAAGCUUGCCGUUUGAAGCCGCGGCGGAAUCAAGAACCUACGAGAGCGCGAGCGCCCUGUCGCUGGCCACGUUCGCGUCGCUUCUGAUCGAGUUCGUCGCUCGGCUCCGGAGCCUCGUCGAUGCGUUUGAAGAGCUGAGCGAGAACGCCGACUUCAAGGAUCCCGUGGAAGAGCCAUCUGCGAUCCGCAGAGAGGAGGGUGGUGGUGUUUUGCACAGAAUACGCAAAUUUCUUGGGCUGAAUAGUUGAUGCAGAUGGGGAGGGAGACUAACCAGUUUUGUACAAGAGGAAUCGUUUAAAUUUUUCUUGGGUAACCAGAUGUGUAGAUAUAUUAACCCAGCUUAGGUGUACCAGGAUCGUUUUGCUGACAGUGAAGACGGCCGGCCAUGUAGGAAAUGUCGAUAUGUAACUGACCUAACAUGACUGUUGAAAUAGAUAUCUGUCAAGGAAAAUAUGUUUUCACCAAAAUGGUCAUCCUUGACAAAAUGUUACUGUAGCCGUAUGUAUAAGGUUUGACAAACCUAGAUCAUUAAGCUGAAUGAAUUUUCUGGUC